CUCUUCGACGAUCUUCGAAACAACAGAAUAUACGAAUUUGUCGAAGGCGGUCACGUGACGGACUAGAAGGCAUGAGCAGAGAAAUAUCUCAAGCGACGGUUAAACAUUAGCCCGAAUACCUAACCUAACCUAACCCUACCCUACCUAUUGUAGAUUCGAAUGAAUUCGAAUCUGUUCGCAUUCUGUUCUGGUAUACGUUCAGCUGAUGCGCACUUUAGUCUGCUUCAGUCACGUGUACCGGCGUAUCAAGAAUCGAAAGAGAAGUUUGAUUCUUCACAAUUACAUUUAUUAUAUAUGAAUAAAUAAUGGGGAGAGUUAAAAAAGUUUCUCAGGCGAUUAAAGUGCCUGGAGUACAAAAUACACAACUUAAAAAGAAAAAAGAAAAGAAAGAGAAAGAUAACAAAAUUAAUAAAGUACUGUUAAGUGGCAAAAAUAAAAGUGACUUGAAGAAGCCAAAUGUAUCUCGCAAAAUAGUCAAAAAUGUACUCGCAAAUGCGCAAUAUAGCAAGACAGAAAAACAUCAUGAUCUUAGAAAUAAACAUGCUGCAGAAAAUCAAAGUGCAAAAUCAAAUGAUCCGAGUAACAAUAAGAAAACAAAGGUACUCGAACAGGUAUCAACUAAUGCAAACGGUAAAACAAAACGCAAGCAGCAAAAACAAUUGUCAACUGAAACAGAGAUUAAAGCAAAACGUAAGAAAGGAAAUAAAAAUCAAGAUACAAACUCCAAUCAGAUAAAUAAUAACACUACUGUUGCAAUAAAAAAAGAUAAAAAAGUACAAAUGUCUAAAGAACUAAAAGAAACAAAAGACUCAAGACUUGGUAAAACACAAAAAAAAAAUAAAAACUUGAAGAAGCCAACAGAACAUAAGACUAACUUAAACCUUAGUAAUACAAAAAAGAAAAGACUAAACAAAAAGAAGAUGAAGCAGGUGAUUAAACAAAUACGUGCCAGCCCAGAAGUAGAAGAGAAAAAUUCUGCAAAAAUAGUAACAUUGAAUGAGCAUGAAAUGAACUUUAAUCAGUUGAAAGAAAUGUUGGCUAAACCACGCAAAAAACAACGUACGUCUUCACUUCCAUUAAGAGAAAGAAUGAUGGCACAGUUAAGGUCAUCUAGAUUUAGAUUUAUAAACGAGACAUUGUACAAAAAUCAUAGUUCAGAAUCCAAACAAUAUUUUAAAAAAGAUUCUGAAGAUUUUCAAGCUUAUCACGAAGGAUAUAAACAGCAAGUUAAGCAAUGGCCAGUAAAUCCAUUGGAUGUGAUAAUAUCAUCAAUUAAAAACAUGCCCAAGAGCAAUAUAAUAGCCGAUUUUGGAUGUGGCGAAGCAAUACUUGCCGCUUCAGUACCUCAUAAAGUACAUUCCUUCGAUUUUGUCGCACUAAAUGAUAGAGUACAAGCUUGCGAUAUGGCUCACACUCCAUUAUUGGCCAGCAGUGUCCACGUUGUUGUGUUCUGUCUCUCCCUAAUGGGAACUAACCUCAAUGACUACAUACUGGAAGCUAAUAGAGUUCUCAAGAAAAACGGUGUUCUGAAGAUAGCCGAAGUCGAAAGUAGAUUUUACAAAGUGAGAGAUUUUAUAAGGGCGUUAGACAAAUAUGGUUUCAAAAACACGUGGAAAGAUUUAUCUCACAACUUGUUUUAUUUUAUGGAUUUUACAAAAGAAAGAGAUAUUACCAUGCGAAGACAGAAUCUUCCCGAAAUUAAUUUGAAAUCAUGUUUAUAUAAAAAACGAUAAGAUUUACAUUAAGCAUUCUACCACAAAGAUAGAUAUUAAACAUAUAAAACAAAGAUUUAUGUUUGAGGAUGACAUGUUUCGUACAAAGAGAUUAAAAUAAGAUUUAAGUUCAAGAUUUGCAAUUUUUUAUUUUUAUUUUUAUUUUUAUUUUUAUUUUUUUAGAAACA